CCGUAGACGAGUGAUCGGACCUGAACACAAUGAGUAAAGGAGAGUGAAUGUGAACGAUAAGAGCGCGUGCGCGCAGGAUGCUCUUUGCAACAGCUGGAGGGAGAAGUGCUAGUGUCCAUCGUCCACUACAUAAAAAAAGCAACUUUACUUUUUCAAACAAGAUGAAUGAAUAUUUCUAUCCACGAGCGCAAAAACCGAGUUCGUUGAAAAUCGAAUACGAAAAAAAAGCGCAAAGUUAAUAUGAUCCUGCUCACAAUUUUUGACGAAGCCUGAUUCAUCUUGAUUUUGGACCGAAAAAUGGAACUCGAUCAUAGCCGUGAUUUUUGUGACUAUGUGGAUGUUGAGGUAUACACGACUUUCACGUAUUGGCCUUAAGCCAAGAUGAGCAGAAAAAUGAGAGGACGGUGAGGCAACAUUACCCUCUUCUCGGAAGUGUAGCUUCCUGUGGAGGCGGGCCACGCAUGACGUCGUCUUGCGGUUGAGUUGUCAGACGACUGCAUCUGGCAGACCCUGAAGGGGUCCGCGACGUCGUGUUCAACAAUACUAGUACAACAUCUUCUUCAUCGUCUAUUGGCAGAUUCUGGUUUGCUGCAAGAAUAUAAAAUAUAACUGCGAGAGCCCUGUUUUGGUGAAAAGCUGAAGAGGACCUCCUACAGGAUCUGACAAUGGAUUCAGCUGUCGAGAUGAAAACAGAGUGCGGGACUGUCGUACAGCAGGGCCCACCUGCGAUGUCACAUAUGAUCACGGGUAACAGCGAAGCUACCAGCUCGAGCAAUACGCAAUGGGGUCUCUUCCGUACUAGGCAAGGCGCAGGAGCGGUCGUUAUGUUUCUCAGUUUUUAUUUGGAACUAAGUAAAAAUACCGCUAACUUCUAGCCUGGUGCUAUAAAUAUGUUAUAACUUUCUUUAGUUAUAAUCAAGAAUGUCGUGGAUGUCGAAUGAGUUGCUUCUGUUUUAUUUUCUAUAAUAAAGUUAGUGAUAGUCCUCGCUCCUUUGUCUGGCAGAACAGCCGGAAACUUCUCUCUACUCGAUGACUCAAAUCCCCCUCAUCUCUAACCAAUUAUACUCUUGCAAGCCCCUGACGCGCAUAUUAACCGGCAAGAAAGGCCCAAUAAGGAAGACUGGACGAGUGAGCGGGCGACCAGGCUCACGCAGUUGUCGCGCUUCAGGGCGACGAGCAGUUGGGUCUGCUAUCUUGUGCCUCGGGGCUGUUCGCGCGCUGCAUCGCGAUAGCAAGGACCAGGAGCGUGCGAUAACUUCGACGCAGGUUCCUGGGUCACCAGCAGUGCAAGAGCGUUUCGGCCCUGGAGCAGAAAUGACGCCAGAGACCACGCAAUUAGCCGCGCUUGGCGAGCAUGAUGAAGACCAUGGCAGCAAGAGCAACGCGGGUACAGCUUAGUGUCUUGAAGAAUUUAACUUCUUCGUGUGGGUUGAAAAUCAUGGUAAAGAUAUUGAUGCUACACUGAGUACAACUACAACUACCUUCCAUUUUCAAACCAUAUAAACCACGAAGACAACCAAAACUUAGCUUCUCAGAAACAAAGAAUAUCUCGUGCUCACAGGUAAACACAAAGACGUGGGCGUGGCUAGUCAAAUUAUCGCGGAUGCUGAGCAACAAGGUCGUGCAUCAGGAUCAGAAGUACCUGUCGACCAUGCUGAUACGCGGGACGACCAUCGAACCGCCAAGCAUGAAGAAGCAGAGCUUGGUAGUGCCGGAAAAGACGAUGAAGGCGAAGUGAGCACAGGUGUGCUUUUUGAAAGUUAUGACUUUAUGAAGAUCGUUUUCCGACAGGACAACAUUUAUUAGUAUUAUCGUUAAAGUAGGCAAGUCCUUGCUCGUCUUUAACAUCCUAAGUAAUACCCCAACGGGCCCUUACUCCCCAACAGGUGGCAAAAAAGCCAAGAUUGGAAAAAAUGAAAAUGGGCAAAUUCCCCUACAUCAAAUUGCGGCGCCCUCAAGUGCGUCGGUGGUCCUAGGUAGUUAUGUCAAUUCUUCUGCUACAAAUCAAGUGGUCUGCAGACAGUCGAUAAAGCUCGUGCGCGAAUUAUCUCUAUGGUAGAUUCUAUGGUGGCGCCAGUAGCUUGGGCAUCUCCUUGCUCUUGUCUAUGAGAAGAUGACGAUGAGAAUGAUUCAAUAUUCUUACUCUUUUACUUCUAUUGAAAGCGUCAAUCUUACAUCUAAAUCUAAAUUAUAUAGUGCUGAGUCGAUGACAACAUGCUCACCCACGACCCAUUUUGGACACACAAAAAACAGAUACGCAUGGCGAAUGGCAGGCGAGACACGAAAGUCACAACACAACAAUAGAGGACGCCGCUAGAUACCAGAGUGAGGAAUAUCUCCCGGAAGAGCCAAUUAGCCCAAAACAAGGAUCCCAAGAAAAACGUCGCGAAUCAUAUGAGCUUCGGCAAUCCGUCAAAGAGCGCCACACCAGCGGAGGUAGUUACCCUUUACUUUGCAGUUAGUUUCCCUGUGGUCUCAUGGUCGUUCAAAAUCAAGUGGAUUUUUUUAUCUCUAUUGUUUUUAUUUGGGUGCUUAGUACUACUUGUUUCUUACUGUGAAGUAAACUUUUCUUAUUCAUCAGCGUGCGAUAGGGUCGGGACGAACACUUGAUAUUUUCCCACACAUUAUUACUCAGGUGCGCUUCGAUCUUCGCAUAGUGUUACUUUUCGUAGUGAGGCGUCUGGGUCCACAACGGGUCGUGGGCUUGAUUAUGCGGCAGACCUUGACAUCACCGUCGAAAGUGAUUUGGACUUGAUUCUGCUGCACACUUCGGCAGCGAGUGGCUGGACAAUAGCUGGACAGCUUGGCUCCAUCUGGCGCAGAAUAAUGGGCUUUUUUUCUAGCGUGUCCGUCCCGCCCGAGGCUGACGAUCUUGGGUCGUCCAGAGAUGACUUAUGAUGAGCUGAAGCUGUUGGAUUGUCGUCAUACUCAUAGUGUAUCGAUAAUUGAUAAAUCAAAAAUGUGUAGUACUUUCGUGAGGCUGACGGGAUACUGAUACUCUACUUGAUGGAAGAUAGAAGUUUAAACUUUCGAAGGGGUGGGGUUUCUAGUAUUGAUCCGUUCCUGGCACCAUCCGUAGUCAACAAUUGGAAGCACGGCCCGAGGGUGGUUUCAUCCCCUUUUUCAUGUUUCGUGGAGUUUACGGCGCUGCGACAUGGGCGAAGAAUGUACUAUGCUGCGCCAGGAAACCAGUCCUCUCUGCUGGAGGUGGGGAUGGAGAGGUUCGCGAAUGGUGCUGUUACGCAGAACAUCAAUGAGAUUUUGAGACUGGAGCUGUGCAUCAAGCCUGAAAAACUAGGUCUGACAGAAAUCACACAAAAAGAGGUAAAAGAUCCCUCGCGUCGUGUUCGCUACUUGUAGGUGCAGGACGUCCAUGCUUGCAGAUCCUAGACUCGGCUUCUUUCCAACAAGCUAACAGCACUAGAGACGCCUGAUCUUUGGGCCUGUUUUCGAUAGUGUAUCGCUUGGAUUCUAGUGCGGCGGCGCCCGUUGAGCACAUAAUUACUCUGCUUCUUGCAGCGCGUUGCCCUGUCGUGGGUCAUAGGCAGACCGUUCAGCUCGUGCCCCCUUGUGCAAUGUCUUCGCCGAUUGGGCGCGUCCAUGGCUGGCAGAUCGGAGCUCGCUUCCUUGUGACUGGAUACGUCUGUGGGUGAGGUGAGCUCCUUUCGUUUCUCUUUGCGAAUUGCAUUGCAGCGAAGGGCGCGGGGGCAGCUUCUCAAGGAAUAAAGCGCCACGAGCGAGGUGCGCCCUCUUUGUGUCCCGCAGAGUGUGCCAGCCGGUCUGCCUUCUUGGGGUGCCUUGCUGCGUGCGCUGCGUUCUUGUGGUUUCGCCAGCGAUGUGCAGCUGCAGCCUCGAGAGCACCAGCUCAUCUUGUGCUGGCGCGCCACAGUGUGUUUCUUGGGUAUGGUGGUCGCUCGGUGUGGUGUUUUCGUCGCUCGGUUACUCGCUUUGGCCUUGGCGCUGAUCGCUGGCUAGAGCGAGGGACGAGAAGCAGCGCAGCUGUGGCAGGACAUGCUCUGGGGCUGGCAGCAUUCGCCACGCAGGAUGGACGCGUCAGCUGGCGGCGCGCGUUGUAGUUCUUGUCUCAGGCUCUGCGUCUUUCAGGGGUUGUUCGUUGGGCUCGGCUUUGGUUGCAUGCGUGCUGCAGAUUUCUCGGCUCGUGCCCAUGCUUGGAUCCAUGACUGGAUCCAUGUGGCAUGGUCAGAAAAAUGCCACUUUUCAAAAAACAGCGGCGCCUUUUUUUCAUGCUCAAAAUCGGCCACAAUCAUGGGUAGCGAGCAGUCGUCUGCCCGCCCGGUGUGGCUGUUUUUGGCUACCCAUGAUUGUGCCCAUGACUGUACCCAUGUGGAUGACCUGAAAAGUGCAUGAAUUCUGAUUUUUCAGGGAGCAAAAAAAUCAGGCCAGAAAUCGUUACAAUCAUGGGCAGCGGACGUAACCACAUCGAAAGGAGAAGAAGAGAGGGAGCGGGCGUCUGCGAUGCCUCUUCUUCCGUGUCUGCAAGGGGUAGGUCUAGGCGCUGCUGAGGGUCUGGGUGGCUGUGUCCCACUCUCUUGUCAAGGCGUUAGUGAGAAGCUGGCGCGGACCCCUUUCAGAUGUAGCACUGGCGUCACCUGCAGAGGGCUCCAAGUCUGAGCGGCUCGCGCUCUCUUUCUAGGCUAGGUAGAUCAGUCACGCGAUGGCCACGAAUCAACGCGAAUCACCUGACUCGUGGCAGCAGUUAGUAGGCUGUCGCAGCGUUUUGUUUGCGGUGCCGUUUAUGCUGGCGCCGUGUAGCGUACUCUGAUGGGGACAGAUGGGCUUUUCUUGUUCGCAAAGUGGUCCCGAGUCGAUUGAUUCGGGGGCGCUUCUUUCUUUGCCGGAACAUGAAGAGGGAGGCCGCGAAUCAAAUGAUUCGCAGAGCCUUUGUUUUGCGGAUCACUUGCAAGGCGCAUGCGAGUCGUUUGAUUCGUGAGUUGCGUCACCUGUUCAUGGCUGAAGCGGAUGAGCAGACGCGAAGCCUCGUUUGCCAUUUAUAUCGCGCCUCAUUUAAUUGCGGCACUCCUUGCUUAUUUUAUAAGAAGUUGCCCUUACUCCUCAGCGUGCGGCAUGAGGUCACGCCUUCGCCCUCUAUAAAAGGGGCCGACUCUAGUCAUAACCCCACAAGCAUGGACUGCCCCCACCUUCACUACUACUGCGAGUGUAGGAAUGACGAUACAGGAGCCGAGAACUGGCAGUUCCUCACGCUGGCGCCAGCUCUUUCAUGCUGGAUUCAUGCCGUGGCAACUAUCCAAGAUGAUGGCGCCCAAAACGAUGGGACGUUUCUGGUGUGGUCGGAGCCGUAUCUUCGUACUGGUGGAGCAGGUGCGGACGUGCCUUCUAUUAUUAUGGACAGCACAAAAUAAAUGUACAGUAGAUUCCUACCUCUUGCCUAAAGCCAUGAUCUCACUUCACAGGCAAACUUGGAUCAGUGAAAAAGUUCUCCACCAACUUAGCCUUCAUAUUUAUUCAUAAGUCAGUUGGUACAAGCCGCGAGUGAAGAAGCUACUACGGUGAUGAUAGUCUUGUGCUGGGUGUUGUUGUUAUUGAAUAUCGCUCCGUUCAUCUUGAAGAGGCUGACUGAGUAUUAACAGGCCAUCUUAGCAGGGGGCUUACUAUGAGGAUAAUGAUAAGCAUACAGCAGAUGACUCAGAGUGAUCUAAUUUUUGCGGCUCAGCAUCGCCCCAGCGCCAGCUGUUUUGCAAGAUGCUGCCGAAAUGGUUGGACAAGGAAAAAACUGUACCCGCGCCGCAAGCCGACAACGAUUCUGAAUGCGCGGCCGCAGCUCAUUUCGUAGAACAAUGGAGAGCCGACGCCAGUGCGGGUGGGUCCAUCGACAUGACGACCCCUUUCUGCAAGCUGCAAUUGAGUGCGGAAAUCGAUCCGGAACAGCAUACGGCGCUCUGCAUGGAUGCGAUGGCUAAAGUGAGCAACUCGAACCUCCUUGAGACGUUAGCCGACCAAACGACCAAAACCGCGCCUGCCGCGGCAAAGGAGCAGGGACCACAUCAAAACGUCCUAACGUCGACUUGGAAGAGCAUUCGCGUACUGACGACAAAGGCACACUUUUUCCAUCGAGACAUCAAGGCAGAUAAUUUUCUCUCUACUGUCCCGCGAGCUCCUGACCAACCGCCCGUGGCGUGGAUAGCCAACGACAUGGGCCUUGCGUGCAGCACUACGGACGAGGCGCGAGGCGUGAAGAUGUGCGCAAGCGAAGCUGAAGCUGGUGCGCCUGGCUACAUGUCCCCAGACCAUUUUGCACCGAGAAGUGAGGUGCCGCAGUCUGUUCGCGCUGCAAGAGGAGACUCCUUCAGCUGGUCCGUCAUGGUCGUCGAUGGCGCCAGGGCGCAGUGCGGAUCCAAGGGCGUGCGUAACACUUCCAUGAAGUGGACGCCUAUCGGUUUGGACGAGAUGCUGGGAUUCAAGACGUCGAUUCCUUAUGGUGUCCUAUUUUGAUUUUCAUCAUGGGAGACGAGACGUUCGGCUCUCAGUUGAGAUAUGCCAUCCUGGUGCUCACGGGAUGACGCACGAGCUGGCAAGUGAAAAUUUCCAGGGUGAGGCCCGCUCUAACUACAAGACGACGCUGACCUGCAGAAUUUUGUCAUCGGGACGAAGACGAAAUGCCCAAGCUCUAUCUUGGUUAUGAAGUGACAGACUUUUUGGCUCGGAUCUUUUCAAGUAUUACUCUUUCACUCAUAGAGGACGCUGCGCCCAAGCACAAGUUGCUUAGAAAAUUUUGUUCACCAAACAGCGAAACAGCGAAAGCUCGCCAGAGAACAUGAUAAUUAUUGUCUUUUUUAUAAUAUGGAGUCAAUAAGAAUAAUAAGCAUAAUAUUGAUGUUGUACUUGUACUAGAUGAUGAUGCUCUCAUAUUGUUGCAGAUGUCUCGGAAGGAAGUAAAGUCCGCUGCCGAUGCCGGAGAGCUUUUGCUGCAAUUAUGACGCAUGCACCCCUAGUAAUAAGUAGAUGCUAUCGUAUUCGUAUCUUCGCAAAGACUUACCCAGUCCUCGCUUAAAAGCGUUACCUUUGAUAUUGAUUUGGUUGCAAGUUGCGUAUGAAAGUAAGCUGUCCUAACCCAAACCUUAAGAAAGUAUACGUAUCUAUUAUUAUAAGUAGAAGCUGCUCACUCUUGUUGUCCAUGCAAACCCCAACUGACCCUCGUCUUCAUUGCCAUGGCUCGAGAAAAAAGGAGACAAGUCGCCAGGAUGUAAAUCCGUUCUCGCGUCUCUGAGCAGUACGAUGCUGAUGCCCCUGGAGCAUCCUGAUCCUGACAACGUCGACUCUGCUGACACGCCGGAACGACAAGUGACGGCGAUAGAGCUGGUGGCGAGUGCCCUUUUAGGCAACCCAUGGAUCGAGAUGAGCAAGAACAAUGACAAUGUCGAUGUCCUGGAAAAAAACUAUGAAUGGUCGGUGGACGCGGAUUUUUCCAAUGAGAGGUGGUGGAAUAGGUGGUACAUGGAAUGGAAGGAGUGUGCUUGAUGAUGCGCCCCCUCUUCAGCAGUAGGCAAAGUUUUGGGGAUCAUUUGUUCUUCACCACACCGACCUGUGGUGGCGGGUAAGUAAGCAAAUGUGUUGACAUAUUUACUUAAAUUUCUUUUUGGCCUUCUUUUUCACACUCCUCCUACGAUAGAUAUCAAAGUAUAAUCUUUUUUUAAAAAAAUCAUGGUGAGAACACAACAAGAAUUUUUUAAAAAAGAAGUUUUUUUUCAUGGUGAAAACACAACAAGAAUGAAUUAAUGACAGUACAACUGGAUGAAUUUCCUAAGUACUCAAUAACAAUAACAUGAAGAUCAAUUUAUUUGUCAUUCCUAGAUACUCGUGAAAGCAGAAAUAAUACGAAAAAUUGUAAAAGAAUUAGAAUGAAUGUUUUUUAGAGCAGGGGUCAGGUUAAUAAGUACAAACAAGAAAAAACUCUUACUAACUUGCAGACGUUGCACGACUCGAGAAAGAAAUAAAAGAAACACUUAUAUUAUUAUAUUAAUCUCCUGGCG